GGUGUCAAUUAAGCCCUUCUGUUGAUGGGUUAAUAUUUCCGUCGUGAACACUGGCCUCCGCUCUUUUUUCUAGAGCGCCAAAAUAAACCGCUCUUUGUUCUUCACCUCACGUUCUUCUCACGUGAGACUCUGCCACUCUCUAAACUCACUGUAAUUCAACAAAGUUCAAUGCAAAUUGCAGUUACCUUUCUUCUUUUCCAAUUUACAACGAAACAAAUUCAAUUGAAAACUUGAGCAGGGUGGAAUGAAAGGCAAAGACGACGACGAAGAACCAUCGCACCGAAAUAUGUCGACGGUAUCUCAUCAUGUUUUUGGUGACGGCCUGGAAAAACCAGCUUUCUCCGUCUCUACAAUUGAGAAUAUGAAGGAAGAGUACGGGCUAUUUGUGUGGCCUUGUAGCGUAAUUCUUGCCGAGUACAUUUGGCAACAAAGAGAGCGAUUUUCUGGUGCUGAUGUCGUUGAGCUCGGAGCUGGGACUUCUUUGCCUGGAUUGGCUGCUGCUAAGUUGGGCUCUCAUGUCACUCUCACUGAUGACUCUAAUAGCCUUGAGGUGCUGGACAACAUCAGAAAAGUGUGUUACCUGAAUAAGCUUAAGUGUAAAGUACUGGGACUAACAUGGGGAAUUUGGAAUAUAUCUAUAUUUGAUUUGAAGCCGAAUAUCAUUCUUGGUGCUGAUGUACUUUAUGAAUCCAGCGCGUUUGAUGACCUCUUUGCCACUGUGACAUUCCUGCUCCAGAAAUCUCCAGGUUCUGUCUUCAUCACAACUUAUCAUAACCGAAGUGGACACCAUCUUAUUGAAUUCUUGAUGGUGAAGUGGGGUUUAAAAUGUGUGAAGCUUCUUGAUGGAUUUUCUUUCAUGCCAUCCCACAAGGCUUCUGGGUUAAGUGGCAACAUUCAACUGGCAGAGAUCAUGUUAAACAAUGAGCAGACUAAUGAGAGUAACAUUGCCAAGGCAAGGUGAUUGCUUUGGACAUUCAAGUUAUUGCAAGGCUAAAGCCAGAAUAUCAGCACAAGAAACUACACCAGGACACGAAGCUUCAACUUCUUUCUUUGCAUUGUCAAUGACAUAAAAGGCAUGUAGUGAAACAUUAGGUGGACCGUCUUUCUCUGCCUUAUUGCUGCCUUUUGAAUUUAACAGCACUGAAGCAUCACAGCCCUUAGAAACAAACAGACAACAAGCAGUAAGUUGGAGAUAUAAGUGAUCUAAGAAAACAAGUAUGCUGUUUCAUUUCCUACC